CAUGUGGAUUUCAGGUUUAUAACCACUCUUUAUAUUUGUGUGAUUUUUAGAUUUGAAAUUAUGGACGAAGCAACUAGUAACAAUCCCAUGGCUAGCUCUACCGGCACACCUUCCGAACGAGUUCUGCCAACGAAUGUUAGUGAGAGUGAAGAAGGUGCAUUUGGAACUUCAGAUGUGUGGCCACACUUUACAAGAAUGAAUUGGUCGGAUAAGCCAAAUAGAUUUGCUGGUUGCAAAUACUGUCCAAAGCAAUUGAAGUGUGCAUCUACUUCUGGGACUAGUAGUUUGAGAAGACAUUUGCAAAGAUGUAGAGUAUACCCGUAUAGUGAUGUUAACUUGAAGAGUAAUAGAACUCCUAGCGUUCAGGCAACUGGUGUUCAGGGUAAUGAAAAAUCAAAUGAAACGUGUAGGGUAAAAGCUAGUUUUUUUAACAAAACUUAUUUAAAUAGUAUUUUUAAGAGAAGACUGAAAGGAAACAAAAAUUCCCCAACCGGUGUUAGCAUCGAAACAUUUAUCUCUGUUCGGCCUAGGCCUGGAAUAGCACAAGAGAUUUAAAAGUUAAAAGAACCGGCCCACCUUCGAACGGCGGUGCUUAGGGAGACUUGAGUCCGGUUCCUAAUCUUUUUGGGCUGCCCUGGCCCCUGAGCCCGUCUUUAGAUCCGAACAUCCGAAUCAAAGAUUCUCAGCCGGAGACCCUUGAAUUCCUCCCGGAAAUACUGCCGUCUGUUUCCCCGCUAUUCCGAGUUCGAUAGGGAGGGUGAGAUUCCGUCUGUUCCUGUGGAUUUCAACUCGAAGCAUCGCACUGCGGCUGCGCGAUUCCAUUCCGACGAAAGCAAGCUUAAGUCGAGAAUCACGUUCGUACUUAACUAAUUACUUACUUCUUUUGGGAAGAAUUUUGAUCCAGAUAGAAGAAAACCCUAAACCUAGAAACCUUCCAUCCAUGACAUCGCGGAAGAAAGAGGCCGAGGGAAUUGCUUUGCUGUCUGUGUACAGCGACGAAGACGACGAGGAAAUGGAAGAACCUGGCGAACAGGGAGACGGAGAAGCAGAGAUGCGACGGCGGCAGCAACAACAACAACAGCAAUUAGAAGGCAGCGACGAUAGGGAAUCGAAUUACAUGGAAGAAGAUUCGGCGAACGACGCGAUGGUUACUGAUGAGUACGGCAAUGGAGCUACCCCGCCGGUGGGCGAACAUAAUGCAUCUCCGAAGGAGGUGGCGCUGCAGCAGGUUCAGGUUUCGUUCUCUUCGUCUUCCCGUCAGCAGUUGCAGGACGGACGAGCGGUUAGUUCGAAGAGAAGUGGGAGGGGGAGGCUUACGAUAGUAGACUAUGGGCAUGAUGAAGUUGCAAUGUCUCCUGAGCCCGAAGACGGUGAAAUUGAUGCAGGUAGAGAAGAGAUGAUUCCAGGGCCAAGUCAGCCAUUUGGCUCCGAGGCUUCACAGCCAACUGAUCACUCGGAAGCACCCCAGUCAGAUGAUACGAACAAUAGCUCCGCUGAAUUGGAAGCUGUCAAGGUUGAGGACUCUACUGGACUUACUGAGGGGAAGGCGGAUCCAUUGGAUAAAUUUCUACCGCCACUACCUAAAGAGAAGUGCCCAUCAGAGUUGCAAAAUCGAAUAACAAAGUUCAUCACUUUGAAGAAAAUUGGCAGAAGCUUCAAUGCAGAGGUCCGUAAUAGAAAGGAUUAUAGGAACCCUGACUUCUUGCUGGAUGCUGUUAGAUAUCAGGAUAUUGACCAGAUAGGAACUUGCUUGAGUAAAGAUGUAUUUGACCCCCAUGGAUAUGAUAAAAGCGACUUCUAUGAUGAAAUAGAGGUUGAUUUGAGGCGAGAUAAAGAAAGGAGGGAGCAGGAAUUGAAGAAGAGCCCAAAGGUUGAAUUUGCACCAGGAGGAACUCAACCAGGAAUUGUGGUGCCUCCUUCAAGAUUCAGCAUGGCUAUUCCAGUUGCUGCCAGUGGAUUGCCACCAGCACCAGAACCAGUUUCACGAAAUGGUAGGCAAAACAAGAAGUCAAAAUGGGAUAAGGUGGAUGGUGAUGGAAGGAAUUCUCUCUCAGGUGGUGGGCAAGAUUCUUUAGCUACAGCAGCUGCUGCUCAUGCCGUGUCUUCUGCUAAUGCUGGUUCUGGUCCUUCUGGAUAUCCAGCUUUUGUUCAGCAGAAACGGCGGGAGGCAGAAGAGAGAAGAUCCGGGGAGCGUAAGAGCGACCGAAGGUCGUGAUUAUUUUCCGGUGAAGUAUGUGGUUCAAGUAUAUGCAUAUACACAAGUGGCUUGAGUUGGUGGGAAAUAAGAAUUUCACUGAACUGCAAAGCCGGAAAGCAUACUUGAAAAUGUAACAUGUCUCUUGUCAAGGGAUGCAACGGAUCAGAACUGAUAUUACUCUACCCAUAUUCCGAAAAAAAUUCCCAAAAUGAACUAGUUCUUAAAAAAAAUUUCCAAAAUACAUUAGUUGUGAAAAUACGUAUGCUUCAGCAUCACCGCGGUUGUACAAGACAGUGAAGAUAAUCACCGCUAGGGAUGGCAAUGAGGCGGGUUUGCCUAAACCAUCCCCAUCCUCAUCCCCGCUUUCAAAUAUCCAAACCCAUACCCGCCCCAUACCCAUGUGGGGAAGAUUUUGCAAACCCAUCCCCAUACCCGUGGGUUACGGGUACCCAUGGGUAAUACCCGCCCCGUACAUCCAACAUUAUAAUACAUAAAAUUUUACAUG